AUGGAAGGCGGUGGCUCCUCCUUGGACUACGAGGUCUCAGAGGCCUGCAGCCUCCGCCGCCCGCCGGAGCGCGAGGGCAGUGCGAUCUCCGCUGCUGUGGACGUGGGGUUCCUGGGGAGCCGUCCGGUCGUCGCCAAGAGGAACCUCUCGACAGCCCCUGAGGAGGAGGAGGAGGAGGAGGAGGGCCCUCUGAGGGAGCAGGACCUGAAGGAGGCCUACGUCCAGCUGGUCCGGGGCGUGCAGGAGUGGCAGGACGGCUGCGUCUACCGGGGGGAGUUCGGGCUGGACGUGAAGCUCGGAUAUGGCGAAUUCUCUUGGCCCACGGGCGAGCUGUACCGCGGGCAGUUUUACCGGGACCACCGCCACGGCCUGGGCACCUACACGUGGCCGGACGGCUCCAGUUUCACCGGCACGUUCUACCUGAGCCACCGGGAAGGCUACGGCACCAUGUACACGAAGACGAGCCUCUUCCAGGGGCUGUACAAAGCAGACGAACGGUUUGGUCCGGGCGUCGAGACCUACCCCGACGGCAGCCAGGACGUGGGGCUGUGGUUCCGGGAGCACCUCAUCAAGCUGUGCGCCGCGGUGCCCGGCGGCUUCUCCCUGCGCAGCCGCCCCGAGCUCUCCGGCUUCCGCACGGGCGCUCCUGCCAGGAUCCGCCUCUCAGACGUGGAGACGAUGGGCUGGGGCCUGCGCGAGGGGCAGGACCCCUUUUUCUACGAGUAUAAGCGGUUUCUUCUGAAUGACGACCUGACGCUGCCCCCAGAGAUGUCCAUCUACUCAACCGACAACUGCCACCUGCCCAUGACAUGCUCCUUCCGCAAAGAGCUGGACGCCCGCAUGUUCGCCAACGAUGUUCCGCCGUUCGUGGAGGAUGGGGAGCCCUGGUUUAUAGCAAAUGAGACCCCGCUGUUGGUCAGAAUCCAGGAGCAAGCGUACAAGUUCAGGAACAAGAAGGCUCACAGCAGCUGGAACAUGGGCGCCAUCCUGGGAGGGGAUCGCGGUGGCUUUGCCUGUUGUGGGCCCAAGGAGCGGUUUUCCAAGGAGAUGAUCCUGAAGGCUGAGGAAGGGGACCACGAUUGGAUUCAGAGGAUCCUGAGGGACAACUUUGUCAGUGCUGAUGUGGCCGACUCCAAGGGCUACACUGUGCUGGCUGCAGCCGCCGUUCAUUGUCACUGUGACAUUGUCAACCUUCUGCUGGACUUCGGGGCUGACGUGAACAAGUGCACGGACAAGGGCCUCACGGCACUGAGCAUGUGCUUCCUCCUCUACUACCCGCCCAGGGCUUUCAAGCCCAAUGUCGCUGAGAGGACCGAGCCUGAGCCCCAGGAACCCUCAAAACCCCUGGCCUUUCCAAACCUUCUGUUCUCUGUUGCGGAAAUGAACACGGAGUGUCCCCGCUGCGAGGAGGGCGGCGGCGAGCUGAAGCUGGCCUCGGGCAGCGAGGAGGGCAGCCUCUCCGCAGGCGCUGGGCGCUCCCGGGAGUCCGCCGACCUGAAGAGCAGCUCUCUGACCUGGGACUCGCUGUCAGCGAGGGGCAGCGUGAGCGACGUGGAGAAGGGGCCCGAGGACACGUCGGGAAACACAGACAAGUGCACUCUGUGCAGCAAUGAGACGCGCUUCGAGUCCGACGUCUGUGUGUGCAGCCUGUCCAUCCAGCUCUCGCAGAGCCUGCUGGAGAAGAGCGCGCAGGCCCACAGCAUGCUGCCGGGCCCCGCCAGCCCCGACAAGGGGACCAUGAGGAGAAUGGCGCUGUCCGUGGUCGAGUAA